GAGUAGUGUGCACCACAAAAUGGGGUGAAAAAAAAAAAAAAAAGUCCCACACACUCAUCAGUUUUUUCUCUUCAUCUAAACAUUUACAUCUAUACAUUAAUAUACUUAUUAUAUUUCCCAAUCAAUAUGAGCAAGUCGAUACAAGCGUAUAGAGCAGCGUUUAGGGCCACCGGGCUUGCGUUCAAAGGAGACCCCGAGGUGCUUUUGGCCGCAAGAAGUAAAAUCAAACAAGGCUACGAAGAAAGUAAAAACUUACCCAGCGAAGAAAUUAAUGAUAAAGUUGAUAAAUUGAACGAAGUUAGUCAGUUUCUUAUCAAGAAUAUUGUGCAAGGGAGAUUAGAUAAUGAUGGUAAAUAUUUUUUGAAUUUCCAUGAUAGAACCGAAUUAGGUGAUAACGAAACCAUUAAACAGAAUAAUCGUGCUAAUUUAGGAUCAUUGGCCGGUUCAAAAGUUAAAAAAUGUACUGAUAAAUAAUGGGUAAUGU